AUGACUCGUUUUAAUUGGAGAGUUUUUGGAAUAUUUCAAAAGUUAAUCUCUAGAUAUCGGGGUCGAUGUAGUUACGCGAAGGUAUGGCUGCGGAGGCUUUUCACAAAUUUUGAUUCGGAUACAUGUUUAGAACCGAUGUUUUGGUUCGUAGACAACUAUACGCAUUUACUAGGGCCGUUCUUUCUUUUUGCUGUUACGGGACUUACAAUAGCUGUAGUUAUAAUUGCCUAUUGGAUUGGAUUGCCCUUUUGGUGGGAAAAGAGCCCUAAAGCAGCAGUGGUCUUAGUCAUCAUUGGUAAUUGGCUACUUCUUAAUGUAGUCUUCCACUACAUAAUGGGUGUGAUAACACCACCUGGCGAACCACCGCAAAUGGAUGAUGGCUCAUUUGCGGUACGCAAGAUUUGUAAAAAAUGCAGUUUGCCAAAAGCGCCACGUACUCACCAUUGCUCCAUAUGCAAUAAGUGUGUGCUGAAAAUGGAUCAUCAUUGUCCUUGGCUCAAUAAUUGUGUAGGCUUCUUCAAUCAUCGUUACUUCUUUCUUUAUAUGGCGUACACAACCAUCGGUUGUCUUUAUUUAAUAAUUUUCGGUUUUGAAAUUGGAUUUAAAUAUUUGUGGUACGAGCAUGGCGAAAGAUGGAUAGAGUCAGAGCCAUUGGAAGGGCAGCCGGUAAAAUUUAAUUUGAGUGGACAUAUUAUACCAGUGACACAUGCACUCGAAUACGACGAUGAUGUACUACUGCCUGCUAAGCAUGCACUGCCCACACCACCCAACUCAGCCGAAGACGGCAAUAUAUAUACAGAAGGCAAGCGUCAUGCUAUUAUAUUUAUGACUGCGACCAAUGUAACUGCGGCUCUGGCGUUGGGUGCGCUUACCGUAUGGCAUGCAAUGCUUAUAACGCGUGGAGAGACAAGUAUUGAGGCACUAAUAAAUCAAGAAGAGACCGAACGUUUGGGAAAAGAAAAUAAAACUUACGUAAAUCCAUAUAAUUUCGGCGCACGUAAAAAUUGGAAGCUAUUUUUAGGUUUAGUGCGAGGCAGGUCGUUUUGGCGUUGUGUUUUACUACCUUCAUGGCACAAACCGGAAGGCAACGGCUUGAUUUUCCAUACUGUACAUGAUGAACGGGCGAAUUUAUCGGCAGAUGAAUGGCCAUAGUAGCAAGAGAAUGUGGAAAUGAUUAAAUAAUUGAGAGCACAACCACAACAUUUGCCAUUGAGGAUACCAAAUAAAAUAAGUAAUUUUUUGUUUUUAUUUAUUUCAUAUAAAUUUAAGAAGCAACAAAACAAAAAAAUUAUCAUUCCUAUCGCGAGUUUUUAACUAGUUAUUUACUAAAGUGUAGUUAAAGCUUAUAUUAGAUUUUGCCAUUCUCUAGAAAAAAUUAAAUUGUAUUUAGAGUAGUCCUUGAAUAAUUACAAUUUGUAAAGUAUUACUAGUUUUACCACAUCUUAUAAGAUGUGAUCUCUCCUUGAUUUUAUCUCGGUUCCUUAAUAUACUAAAU